AAUGCGCUGCGUUGACCAUGCACAAUAUAUCGUCAAUUAUGGAACGAAAAUAGUAAUUUACUCGACAAUUUAAAUAAACAGAAAUACAAUAUAACGUUUAAACAAAAGGACGGUGUGAUUAAUCUGAAUACGUAAAAGGAGAGAAUGGAAAAAGAAGAAAAUGAAAGAGUGCAUUUAGAUACUAUAUUAAAAAAUGACAUAGGACAGUUUGGUAGAUUUCAACUGAGAAUGCUGGGCCUGGCGGCUUUGGUGGUGGUGUUCAUAGGGUGGUCGACUAGUGAGUACCUGUUCACGGCAGCUCGAAUUAACACUAGAUGUCUCAUCCCUGAGUGUGAGGGUAGAGAGGGCGCUACAUUUUCACCAUCUUGGGUGUUGAAUGCGAUACCAGCUAGCGGUAGCUCGUUCGACAGUUGUCAAAGAUUCGCUGCAUCUGAUAUUAUAUCUAACUUGACAGGUGAAAUGUGUCCAAAAGAAAUGUUCAACCGCGACAGAAUUAUUAAUUGUGACAAAUUCGUAUACGAAAAUACGUAUUCAAUCGUUUAUGAGUUCAAAUUAGCUUGCGACGAAUGGCGUCGAACGCUGGUUGGGUCAAUGCGGACUCUGGGCACUCUAGCGGCUCUUCCACUAAUUGGCUUCAUUUCGGACCGAUGGGGACGCCGUACUGCCAUCGUCGUAAGCUCUAUUAACGCUGCAUGGCUGGGACUCACUAGAUAUUGGGUUAACACUUACACAGGUUUCCUUGUUAUGGAAGUUGUCGAAUCCAUAUUUGGUUCUGGAGGAUUUUCAAGCUUUUACAUUUUUUUGAUGGAGACUACAGGACCCAAAUACAGAGUCGUGGCUGGCGCUUUUAUGAAUACUUUCUUCGCCGUUGGCCAGAUGACAACAGGUCUCAUUGCAUGGGCUGUUCCUGAUUGGAGAAAUUUGACUCUGACCUUGUAUAUUCCUCAAUUUCUAACAAUAUUGUACUUAUGGAUUAUGCCUGAAUCGGCGCGAUGGUACAUGAGUAAGGGACGGUAUGAUGAGGCAGAAAAUGUAUUGAAAGAAGCUGCACGUAUAAAUAAAAAAGAACUGUCCAUUGAAUCUCUUAAGGCGUUAAGAUAUAGUGCAGAGGAAGAAAAAAGAAACAAUGAAAUACUAGAAAUGCAAAAAACACAGGAACCCUGUCUUGUUGUACAAGUAUUUCGUCAUAAGCCAAUAUUAAUUCGAGUAGUUGUGUCUCCGGUCUGGUGGAUCACAACUACAUUGGUAUACUACGGGCUGUCUAUUAAUUCCGUGCACAUGGUCGGCAAUAGAUACCUCAACUUUGUAUUAGUGUCAGCAGUGGAAAUACCAGGCUAUUGGACGUCUAUGUUUCUAAUGGGGAAAGUUGGUAGAAAACCGGUGCUUAUUGGAGCAUAUUGGGUUUGCGCACUUUGCCAGAUUGGAUACGUAUUUAUGCCAGAUGGUCUUCAUGGGGUUUCUUUAACAAUAUACUUGAUUGGGAAAUACAGUAUUUCGAUGGUGAUAUCUGCAAUUUACGUUUACACGGCUGAACUUUACCCUACCAAGCAUAGACACUCUCUUUUUGCAUUUUCUUCUAUGGUAGGAAGAAUUGGAUCUAUUCUAGCGCCACUGACGCCGGCUUUGGGUGCAGCUGUUUGGGAUCAACUUCCUUUUGUCUUAUUUGGAAGCUUCGCGCUGCUAUCCGGCGCACUAGUGAUGUUAACGCCGGAAACUCUCGGCACAAAGUUACCAGAUACAAUGGAAGAAGCGUCUAAAAUAGGCACAAAAACUAUUUAA